AUGUCUGCUGAAGACUAUAACUUGCGCGGCAUCUUUUCAUCUGCAUUUGGUGGUUUCGUGCAACAGUCAUCCAAAGUCGCUGAUACUUUCGAUGACCAUCUUGGAAAGGCUUCUGAUACCCUUAGGGGAAUAUUAUUGUCUACCCCGUGGUGUCCGAAGUUUUUGAAACCCAAAUUACCACCCAAGCCCAAAGAGUUUCCCAUCCCUGAAAAUUCCAGCUCAUCCUACUUGUGCCUAUACAACUGGAUUUGGAGGAACAGAAUUCUUACUGGUGUUGCUAUUUUAACGCUUGGAGGUCUCACAACUUACAUUAUUCGGCGAAAGUUUCAGCACAAGAAGAGAAGAGCAAAGCGUGCUAGGGAUGGAUCAAGAUUAGAAGUGGUCGUGAUAGCUGGUCAGCCAGGAGAACCACUCACAAGGACUAUAUCGAUGGACUUGGAGCGCAGAGGCUAUAUUGUAUACAUCGUAUGCUCGACUAUCGACGAAGAGAGACUUUUACAGAAAGAAUCACGACCCGACAUAAAGCCUCUUCUUCUAGACAUUAAGAAUCCUUUGGGUGCCAAAACAUCCAUUGAACGCUUCGCUACCCACCUUCUCUCACCACAUACAUCUUUCCCUGGCGCAAAAACACACCAUCUUACCAUGCGCUCCUUGAUAGUAGUUCCUCCUACGAACUUUCCAACCAUACCGAUUGCCACACUAACUCUUAGCAAUCUAACUGAUUUAUUAAAUACACGCCUCCUUCAACCAAUCAUCACAAUUCAAUACUUUCUUCCUCUGCUGCAAAAUCUACCAUGCGCUGGCUCAAAGUUAUCCGCCGAUCUGUUACCAAACAUGAAACCGUCUAUUCUUUUACUGAUGCCUGUAAUCAUAUCGUCAAUCAAUCCAGCCUUUCACCUACCAGAGGCUUGCAUCAUGUCUGCCCUUUCCUCCUUCGCGAGCGUACUAGAACAAGAGGUAGCUCCGCUAAACAUUCCAGUGAUGCACCUUCAAUUAGGCACAUUCGAUUUAUCAGCGUUCUUCCCACAUAAUCGGCAACUAACGAUCCAAUCACAACGCGCAGAGACUUUGAGAUGGGAUGAAGAAAUCCGCAAUAGCUAUGGUCGAAAUUAUGCGGUCUCUACAACAGCCAAAUGGAGCUUUGAGAGCAAUCUACGGGUGCUUAACAAGGCAGUUGUUAAUGCCAUGUAUAGCCAACAUGGGGGCGUUGUAAAGGUCGGAUCCGGGAGUACUAUUUAUGGGUUUGUGGGCAAGUGGGUUCCUAGAAGCAUGAUUGCAUGGAUGUCAGGUAUGAAAGCAGUUGACAGAGCAGUAGCCCAGAAAGUUCUUCCAACUUCUACCGAUGUAAGAAAUGAAGAUGACGAAAUCAAAGAAGAAAAGAAUGAUACCAGAUAUAUGUACGAUGGAAAGGGUGAAGAGGCGUUCGCAGAUGCCGCCGUUUGGACGUUAGGCUUUGGGUCUUCGAGUAGCACCGAUGAACUAGGUCCUUGA